UAAAAUUAAACGCAGACACUCAAACGAGAGCCAGAUCUGCGUAGACAAACUGAAAACCCUUGUUUUCUCUCUCUGCUUUCCCCCCCUCUAAUUUCUCUUUCUACUCUUCGGAUGCGCUCGAUUUUGAUCGAUCCCUUCUUCUUCUGAUCAGAUCUGAGUGUGCACUUUGAGCUCUGGCUGAUGGAAUUGGGCUUUGUGCAGUGAGUGAGAGAGACUACGUGAUUAGAGAAGAUGUUGACAAAGUUUGAAACGAAGAGUAAUAGGGUGAAGGGACUGAGUUUCCACAGUAAGAGACCGUGGAUCCUUGCAAGUCUUCACAGCGGUGUGAUCCAGUUAUGGGAUUAUCGGAUGGGGACUCUUAUUGAUAGAUUCGACGAGCAUGAUGGACCAGUUCGUGGUGUGCAUUUUCACAAAUCUCAGCCCCUGUUUGUGUCUGGAGGUGAUGAUUACAAGAUCAAAGUUUGGAACUACAAGAUGCAUAGGUGUCUUUUUACCCUGCUUGGACAUCUUGAUUACAUUCGUACUGUGCAGUUUCACCAUGAGUACCCUUGGAUUGUGAGUGCGAGUGAUGACCAGACUAUUCGCAUAUGGAACUGGCAAUCACGCACUUGUAUUUCUGUGUUGACUGGGCAUAACCAUUAUGUAAUGUGCGCCUCGUUCCACCCUAAGGAAGAUCUUGUUGUGUCUGCUUCCCUAGAUCAGACUGUUCGUGUUUGGGAUAUUGGUGCCCUGAGAAAGAAGACCGUGUCCCCUGCAGAUGACAUCCUGCGGUUGAGUCAGAUGAAUGCAGAUCUUUUUGGUGGUGUUGAUGCUGUUGUUAAGUAUGUCUUGGAAGGUCAUGACCGUGGGGUUAACUGGGCUGCAUUUCAUCCCACACUGCCUCUGAUUGUCUCAGGAGCAGAUGAUCGCCAAGUGAAGCUUUGGCGGAUGAAUGACACAAAGGCUUGGGAAGUGGACACGUUGAGAGGGCACAUGAAUAAUGUGUCAUGUGUUAUGUUCCAUGCAAAGCAGGACAUAAUUGUUUCCAAUUCUGAAGACAAAAGUAUCCGUGUGUGGGAUGUGACAAAGCGGACUGGUGUUCAAACUUUCCGCCGAGAGCAUGACCGAUUCUGGAUUCUUGCAUCUCACCCAGAGAUGAACCUCCUUGCAGCUGGUCACGAUAGUGGCAUGAUUGUAUUUAAGUUGGAGAGAGAACGCCCUGCCUUUGCAGUGAGUGGUGAUUCUCUGUUCUAUGCAAAAGAUCGCUUUUUGCGGUUUUAUGAGUUUUCAACUCAAAGAGACACACAAGCGAUUCCAAUUCGACGGCCUGGUACUACCAGCUUGAAUCAAGGUCCAAGGACUCUUUCUUACAGUCCUACAGAAAAUGCUGUUCUUGUCUGUUCUGAUGUUGAUGGAGGAUCUUAUGAGUUGUAUGUGAUACCAAAAGAUAGCAUUGGUAGGGGUGAUAGUGCACAAGAGGCAAAGAGAGGUCUUGGAGGAUCUGCUGUUUUUGUGGCCCGAAAUAGGUUCGCUGUGCUUGACAAAAGCAACAACCAAGUACUAGUCAAGAACUUAAAGAAUGAGAUUGUUAAGAAGGGUAGCCUCCCUAUUGCUGCUGAUGCAAUUUUUUAUGCUGGAACUGGUAACUUGCUGUGUAGGGCUGAGGAUAGAGUGGUUAUAUUUGAUCUCCAGCAGAGGAUUAUUCUGGGUGAUCUUCAAACACCCUUUGUCAAGUAUAUUGUUUGGUCAAAUGACAUGGAAAGUGUUGCGUUGCUCAGCAAACAUGCUAUUAUUAUUGCCAGCAAGAAACUCGUUCACCAAUGUACGCUUCAUGAGACAAUCCGUGUAAAGAGUGGAGCCUGGGAUGAUAAUGGUGUUUUUAUUUACACAACCCUGAAUCACAUCAAAUACUGCCUGCCCAAUGGAGAUAGUGGGAUAAUUAGAACCCUUGAUGUUCCCAUAUAUAUCACUAAGGUUUCUGGAAAUACUAUCUUUUGCUUGGAUCGUGAUGGAAAGAACAGGGCAAUAGUUAUUGAUGCCACAGAAUAUAUUUUCAAGCUCUCACUACUGAAGAAGAAAUAUGACCAUGUUAUGAGCAUGAUAAGGAACUCACAGCUCUGUGGGCAAGCAAUGAUUGCCUAUUUGCAGCAGAAGGGUUUCCCUGAAGUUGCUCUCCAUUUUGUGAAAGAUGAGAGAACUCGGUUCAAUUUGGCACUGGAAAGUGGAAACAUCCAAAUUGCAGUUGCCUCAGCCAAGGAAAUUGAUGAGAAAGAUCAUUGGUAUAGACUGGGGGUUGAGGCUCUUCGUCAGGGCAAUGCAGGCAUUGUGGAAUAUGCCUACCAGAGGACGAAGAAUUUUGAAAGGUUAUCUUUCCUUUAUCUCAUAACUGGGAAUAUGGAAAAACUGUCCAAAAUGCUGAAAAUUGCUGAAGUAAAAAAUGAUGUCAUGGGUCAGUUUCAUAAUGCUCUAUAUUUGGGUGAUGUUCGAGAGCGUGUUAAGAUUUUGGAGAAUGCUGGCCAUUUGCCACUUGCAUACAUCACUGCUUCGACCCAUGGGCUACAUGAUGUUUCUGAGCGACUAGCUGCUGAGUUGGGAGAUAAUGUUCCACCUUUGCCUGAGGGAAAAGUACCCUCCCUUCUGAUGCCACCACCCCCCAUCAUGUGUGGUGGAGAUUGGCCUCUUUUGAGAGUUAUGAGAGGUGUAUUUGAGGGUGGACUGGAUAACAUUGGUAGGAGUGCCCCAGAAGAAGAUGAAGAGGCUGCUGAUGCUGAUUGGGGAGAGGAACUUGAUAUGGCUGAUGUGGAUGGCUUGCAGAAUGGGGAUGUUGGAGCAAUUUUGGAAGAUGGAGAAGUUCCUGAAGAAAAUGAUGAAGAGGGAGGAUGGGACCUUGAGGAUUUGGAGCUCCCUCCAGAGCCAGAUACACCCAGGGCUUCUGUCAAUGCACGUUCUUCAGUUUUUGUGGCCCCAACUCCUGGGAUGCCAGUAAGCCAGAUUUGGACCCAGAGAUCAUCUCUUGCUGCAGAACAUGCAGCAGCUGGCAAUUUUGAUACUGCAAUGCGGUUGUUGAGCAGGCAACUGGGAAUACGGAACUUUGCUCCUUUAAGAUCCAUGUUUCUUGAUCUUCACAGUGGAAGCCACACCUAUCUACGUGCCUUUUCAACUACACCAGUGAUAUCACUGGCAGUUGAGCGUGGAUGGAAUGAGUCUGCUAGCCCUAAUGUGCGGGGCCCACCAGCACUUGUUUUCAAUUUCUCUCAGUUGGAAGAGAAGCUUAAGACUGGUUACAAGGCUACAACAACUGGCAAGUUUACUGAGGCUCUUCGGCUUUUCCUCAGUAUUCUCCACACCAUUCCUUUGAUUGUGGUUGAGUCAAGAAGGGAAGUAGAUGAAGUUAAGGAGUUGAUUAUUAUUGUCAAAGAGUAUGUCUUGGGUCUGAAAAUGGAGCUUAAGAGGAGGGAAAUCAAGGACGAUCCAGUGCGGCCGCAAGAGCUUGCAGCCUAUUUCACUCACUGCAACCUUCAAAUGCCUCACUUAAGGCUUGCGUUGCUGAAUGCGAUGACUAUUUGCUACAAGGCUAGGAACCUCAGUACAGCUGCUAACUUUGCGAGGAGGCUCCUAGAGACAAACCCCACUAUUGAGAACCAAGCAAAGACAGCCAGGCAAGUACUGCAGGCUGCUGAACGGAACAUGACCGAUGCCUCGCAGUUGAACUAUGAUUUCAGGAAUCCAUUUGUGGUUUGUGGGGCAACAUACGUGCCGAUUUAUCGAGGACAGAAGGAUGUCUCUUGCCCAUUCUGUAGUUCCCGGUUUGUGCCUAGCCAGGAAGGGCAGCUUUGUAGUGUUUGUGAUCUUGCAGUUAUUGGGUCGGAUGCUUCAGGUUUGCUCUGUUCUCCUUCCCAGAUAAGAUGAUCAAGCUGCUGAACCAGGAGCAUUUUUAAACUCAUCCUUUUGGCAGUGGAACUGGUCAUGUCAAUUGAUUCAUCUCUGCAAGCAAAGGUAAGAAAUACUAAAGAAAGAGUUAAGUUUCAAAUGAAUUGUUUGUGCUCUCUCCUUUUUGUUGGCUUUUAUCCUUUUCUUCCCCUUUAUUUAGUUGAUUAUGAUUUUAAAUGUAAUAAACAACUUGAGAAUUUUGACUUUGGCUAUUUUUGUUAGUUGUUCAUAGACAAGAAUGGCUGAGGGCCUCUGUUAAAUUAGAUGUCAUAGGCAAGACGACUUGCAUGUCGGUGUACGCAGAUGCCAUUGGGCAAACCUGCUUAUUUCUGUGAUGAAUGCAGGGUUUCUAUUGGUUGGCCAUGAAAGAACUAUUACAAUUUCUAUA